ACUCGAGGGGCGAUUGGCCUCCCUCCCUGCUGUCACUAUCCGGUGAGUCUGAGCCUGCUAUCUUUAGUAGAGCAGAACACAGUUCAUUGGCCGAGGCAGCUCGGGGCGUUGUAGAAUGGAUGUGCGAAUGCCUUAUAUAAAAUGCCAGGCGGUCUCACGCGUUUGGUCGGAACUUCGCCCCGCGGGAACCACAGCCGGUGUGUUGAUGCCACGGCCGGGACAGAAAGACAUGAAGGCUGCAAAAGCCAGAGCGAAGACCACGGCGCUGGUCGCGCUGGUGUUGUUCUCGCUAUUGCUGAUCUUCCUGGGCGCCCUGUUGAUCAGGACCUACACGUUUCACCCCAAGCAGCAGCGGGCGGCCGGUCAACGCGCAGCCCUCGCCGCUAACUUCAGCCUGAGCGAGAGGAGCCACAUGCUGGAUGCUUUCAAGGGGGCCCUGCGGAUUGCCACUAUAUCCUGGAGCGAGUCCGACUUCAACACCUCCGCCCUGCGGGAGUUCGGCCACUAUCUACCCGCAGUCUUUCCAACUGUGUUUUCCUCGAGCCUUGUGCGCCAUGAGAUUAUCGCCAACUACAGUCACCUGUUCACUGUCUACGGGUCAAACAGCUCCCUCCAGCCAUACAUUCUAACCGCCCACCUGGAUGUGGUUCCUGCAGUAGAAGCAGAGUGGGAGUUCCCACCAUUCUCUGCGGAGCAGCACGAUGGCUACUUGUACGGACGGGGCAGCUUGGAUGACAAGUCAUCUGUUAUGGGAAUUCUCCAAGGCUUGGAAUUUCUUUUGAAACGAGGCUACAAACCACAUCGAUCGUUUUACAUUGGGUUAGGACAUGAUGAGGAGGUCGGAGGGAACAGUGGUGCCAGGAACAUUGCUGCGGUCCUGGAGUCCAGAGGAGUGAAGCUCGCCUACCUCCUGGAUGAGGGUUCGGCAAUCUUCGAUGGAAUAAUACCAGAACUGGAGAAACAGGUUGCAAUGAUUGCCACAUCUGAGAAGAGUUCUGCAACUAUUAGCCUGAGUGUGACUACAACCUCUGGCCACUCCUCGAUGCCUCCGAAGGAGACGAGCAUUGGAAUUUUGGCAGCAGCAGUGUCCAAACUGGAACGUAACCCAAUGCCCAGAAUGUUUGGACAGGGACCGGAGCGCGGAUUGUUGGAACACCUGACUCCCCAGCUUCCUUUCCCUCUGAAUAUGGUCAUGGCCAAUCUGUGGCUGUUUGCUCCACUAGUCAGCAGGAUGAUGGAGAAGAAGCCAGCAACCAACAGUCUUGUGAGAACAACUACUGCAGUGACAGAGUUUCACGCUGGAAUUAAGGCAAAUGUGAUUGCUUCUUCUGCAAGGGCGACAGUGAAUUUCCGUCUUCACCCAGCUCACAGGCUAGAAGAGCUCCUCCAGCAGAUUCAGCAUAUUAUUUCUGACGAGCGAGUUAAGAUUAAAGUUCUACAAUCCAGCCCUCCGAUUCCGAUGAGUUCUUAUGAUGAUGAUGCUUUUGGGUACCAGGUUAUCAAAGCAACAAUUGGCAACAUUUUUCCUGAGGUGGCUGUCACUCCAGGCCUCUGCACUGCAAGCACAGACACCAGACACUACCAGAACCUGACCACAGAACUCUAUAGAUUUACCCCAAUGAUCUUGAAGGAAGAGGACAUUCCUCGGGUACACGGUGUGAAUGAAAGAAUACCUGUAAGGAACUAUGAAGAAAUUGUUCAGUUUUACUUCCGACUGAUACAGAACUCUGACUCUUAGUGCCUACCGCAUUCCCACAUUUCCUCGCAUGAUCUGCAGAGAAAGGGACAACAGAAGAUUCCAGACCGAUGCAAUCUUGAGAUUUUCCAACAUAUGUCACAGUGGAACUGGUUCUAGAAGUUCUCACAAAACUCACCAGCUGUUAGUUCCCUCCACAGCUCUUGAGAAGGAUUCAGAAAAAUUGCCACUUUAUUUAAGCGUACCAAAGGGUAAACGUAAAUUGUAUAGGCCAUUGGAAUGUCGCGGCAACUGGGUGACAGGGUUAACCUUGUUGUCCGUAGAACUGGUUUACAAAGUCGUUCAGAAAGGUUGAAGAAGUCUUUCUUGUUGCAGUCCGCCGAACCCACACGGGGAAUGUUGGGGAUAUGGACUCUGGUGGGGGAAGUUGCUCACUUGAACUGUUGACUCUUGCUGACUGAAGUGCUUGGUAAGGAAGAUUCAGAGAAGCUGAAGAACAUUUGGCUUCGGUUGAACUGCUUUGCAGCAGCAUGUGCCUUUGUUAUUGAAGGGGCACAGGAAGAAACACUAGAAGAUAAGUUAAAAGGAUGAGACGUUUGCUUUGGCUACAAUAGCAAGGUCUCGUCCAAUUCUAACAGAAGUAGCUAUGAUAUGACUGUCAAUUACCUACAAUAUAACCUAUCACCAUGGUCACAUGCUGGAAAUACUCCACAGGUCAGAUUCAAAAGGCAUCAAUGGAUAUGGAAGGAAGCUGUGAAUUGAUCAGCCGUGAUUGUGUUGAGAGUAAGAACAAGCUCAAAUGACCUAUUCCUGCUCCUACUUCUGAAAUUUCUAAGACAGGUUGCGUCCUUGGAGAGGGAACGGAGUUAACGUCUGAUCAUUAACCUAAAACCCUAACCCUGAUUCCUUCUCCACAGACGCUGCCUGACAUUAUCUUGUAUCUUAUAAUGACGUAGAACGAGGCUGUUCAGCCCAGCAGAUCCAUGCCAGCUCCCAGGGGACCAAUCCCAGUAGUCCCAUUCUCCUCUCCCUUGCAAUUACUCCCCCUGACACACAUGCCCACCCACUCACCUUGACUUAUUUUGCCACUAACCUACACACAAGUCUCCAAUUUACCUACCAGCAUACCUUUGGAAUGUAGGAGGAACCGAUGGAAAACCCAAGUGGUCACGGAGAAGAUUUGCUGAGUAUUUCUAGCAUCUUCUGCUUUUUAUUCCGAUUUACAGCAUCUGGAGUAUUUCGCUUUGAAGUCACACGAAUGCCUGCUGUGACAGGGUACAGUAGUGCAGUGAUGAAGUUGCUGGCUAUGCAGACAGUGUUUUGGACCAUUAAUCCAGUGACAUAAGUUUGAAUCCAAUCAUGAUGCCGGGGAAUUUAAAUUCAAGUAAUUAAAUUAAUCUGGAAUCUAAAUAAUUAGCAACUCGCAUUAACAGUGACUAUGAAAAUUUGGACUCAGAAAUCUACUUUCCUUGCUUAGUCUGUGUGACUCCAGAACCCAUCAGUGUGGUAGACUGUUAACCGUGUGCACGGUUUAGGAGGCAAUUAAGGACGGAAGUUAAAUGCUAGGCAUUACCAGUACAUGCAUUCUCCAUGUGUCAUUCAAUAUCUUUUGAGUGAUGCGGAUUUUAUGAAUUUAUAUUAACAAAGAAUUUUUUUCAGUGUAGUAUUUAUUGACCAAAAUUAAUGUAUAUAUCAUUCUUAUAUAAAUUAUAUUGCUAACUUUGACACUUUUCUGUCAAGGGAAUUUUUUGCCAGCCGGUCUCCUGAAUGCAUAACACUGUCCCUUGUCAGAUCGUAUAAUAGUUAUUGACAUAAUAAAUGCAAGUACUUUUGAGUGGUUGAAUUAUUCUUGAAAUUAAAAUCUUUGAGGAUCACAUUCCCUCAUGUUGCCUGUUUUAUAACUGAUUCAGAUUAGCUUACUGUCAUGUAGACCAGGGUGCAAUGAAAUUCCUUGCUCGCAUGAAGCUCAGAGUGUUAGAACACGGAAGGCUCAGUUGAAUAUUCUUUCCAGCAGGUUAUUUAAUGUAAGCAAUGCCGACCUCCCUGUUUAAAGAUAGCAUGUUGGGCAGCACAGUGGUACCACAGCACCAGUGACCCAGGUACA